AUGAGUGAAAGAUCUUUUGUAUCUGUUGUUGAAUGGCUUUCUGGCCUUGAAAACCCCCUUGGCGAAUCAUCGCCAUCUCUCACCACGCCUCCUCCAAACCCGACCGGCAAAUAUCAUCACCCUUUGUCGCCGCCCGAGUCACGCAAACGAUACGCCUCGAUGGCGACCGACCCCGAUCUGACACCAAAAAGGCGAAGGGUUGCGCUGCCUGCUGGCCAUCACCUUGAAGGGACGCCGAGAGCAAACAGCGUUCGUGAUGGAAUACCCAACCUCCCAACAGCGUCGCCAUCUCGAUCGGAUCGCUCUGAAUCAUGGUCUGAAUCACAAGCCUCCGGACGGUCCUCGCCCUUGAAACGAAUGGUUGCGAUGGAAUUGGCACCCAAUGGACUCGAGACAAAGAGGAUGGAAUCCGGGGACCCUGGCAUGCCUUCUGCGCUGGCCCAAUUUUCCUCCGAACUCGAUAUGUGUAGCAUUGGCGUUGGCGUGAUAUCGGAUACUCUACAAGAGGCAUUGCAGCAAGAUCCCCGCUUUCGUCAUUGUUUGCCUUUCAUGUUCGCUUCCCCCGCGGAUCGUGAUCAGUACGGACCAACGCCAUCACUCGAUCGCGUCGACUCGUUGGUCAAGAAAUCCGUCAGAUGCCAGGACUCGCAACAGGAUGAGUCAGGAUGGAAUAUGCUGGUGCACUGUCCACUGUUGGAGCAAGCCCUCGACAAUAUAGAAACGCAGAAUCAAUCAAUCGGGUUUGAGCCAUGCACCACCGCCAAGAUCAUACAAGAAUACCUCCCUACAGGCUUCAUGCCGAAAAUGGUGGACUUUUGCAUGUAUGUGGAUAUAGGAACGGACAAGGCUACGCGUGAUGUCAGCAAACGGCUUCGUCAAGAGCUGCCAUGCGGUGUCAUCAACCACACAGAGUUUCAUGCUCUUCGGCAGCGACCCAUCACCGUCAGCAUUGAGACCAAAACGCCACGUGGAGCGCAACCUGCAGCGGCAGAAUUACAAAUAAGUACUUGGCACGCGGCACAGUGGAGACUACUCGAAGAUCUUGUUGCUCGGACUGGUGGUUCCUUUGUAGACUUAACUUUUCUUCCUGCCGUCAUUGUGAAUGGGGAUGAAUGGAGCUUUGCCGCUACGACUAGAGAAGAACAAAACACGGUGCUUUGGCUUGAAAAAAAGUUCGGGUCGACCAACAGCCAUCACGGAGUGUAUAAAACGGUCUGGGGAUUGCAGCGCCUCGCAAAGUGGAGCAUAGAGGUCUAUUGGCCGUGGUAUCGAAAGAAUGCUUUGGGUCUUUGUGACGGGUGA